GCGAUACAGGACUCGCGGAGAGCCUUGCCCAUUCCCACCGCGAGCCCUCCAGCGCCAACCUCGACUUCCCCGACCGCUGGGAGCCACGGGGCCGUCCCGGAAGUCCCUUCCGAGAGGUAAACCCACACCGGAAGUGGCUGUCAUCCAGCGAGUUCUGCGCAUGCGCAGAUUGAAAAGUGAAGCCAAACCGGAAGUGCUGCCCAUCCAGGGCGGGCCACAAAGACAGACGGAAGGACAGCCGCUGAGUGACCGCGGGGACUCGCGCACGCGCACACAGGCGAGCGGGACCCACCGGAAGUCCCGCCCUCCGCGGGAGGCGACGACCUGGAAGCCGCACGGUGGUGACCCUUGGAGGAGCCAAAAACCAAGAUGGCUGCGACCAACUGACACCCUGUCUGUCUCUUGUCCACCAGCAGCACCGUCGCAAGACCCCCAACACCAAGAUGGCGGCCACCCACUGACGGACGCCCCGUCUCUCUCUCUCUCCCGUCCCCCCGGCAAGUGACCGUGUUCAUGGCGGCCGCCACCAUCGUGCACGACGCCUCGGAGGCCGUGGAGCUGUGCGGGGCCCGCGGCCUCUUCCUGAAGCCCAUCACCAAGAUGACCAUCUCCGUGGCCCUUCCGGCCUUGCGCCAGCCGGGCAAGUCCAUCUCCAACUGGGAGGUGAUGGAACGACUCAAGGCCAUGGUGGCCACCCACCAGUUCUCCACCCUCCGCAUCGCCAAGAGCACCAUGGACUUCAUCCGCUUCGAGGGCGAGGUGGAGAACCGCGCCCUGGUCCGCGCCUUCCUGGCCCGGCUGGACGGCAAGACCAUCAAGCUCAGCGGCUUCGCCGAGGCCCUCCGCGUCCGCGCCGCCGAGUUCAAGUCCGACUUCCCCACCCGCCACGACUGGGAUUCCUUCUUCAGGGACGCCAGGGACAUGAACGAGACCCUCCCCGGAGAGCGGCCGGACACCGUCCACCUGGAGGGACUCCCCUGCAAGUGGUUCGCGCCCGGCGGGUCCGAGCGUCCCAGCGAGGACGUCCUGGUGUCCGUCUUCGAGAAGUUCGGGGCCAUCCGCCACGUGGACAUCCCCAUGCUGGACCCCUACCGCGAGGAGAUGACCGGACGCUCCUUCCACACCUUCUCCUUCGGCGGACACCUCAACUUCGAGGCCUACGUCCAGUACCGCGAGUACGCCGGCUUCCUGCGGGCCAUGGCCGCCCUCCGAGGCAUGAAGCUCAUGUUCAAGGGCGAGGACGGCAAAGCCGUGGCCUGCAACAUCAAGGUGACCUUUGACUCCACCAAGCACCUGAGCGACGCGUCCAUCCGCAAGCGGCAGUUGGAGCGUCAGAAGCUGCAGGAGCUGGAGCAGCAGCGGGAGGAGCAGAAGCGGCGGGAGAAGGAGGCGGAGGAGCGCCAGCGCGCGGAGGAGAGGAAGCAGCAGGAGCAGGAGGCGCAGGCGCGGGCCCGGCGGCGGGAGGAGCGGCGGCGGCGGCGGGAGCAGCGGCAGCGGGCGCGGCAGCAGCGGCGGCAGCGGCGGCGCGAGGCCCGGCUGCAGGCCGAGGAGCAGCGGCGGCUGCAGGAGAAGAUCCGGGCCGAGGAGCGGCGGCUGCUGCUGGCCCAGCGCAACCUGCAGUCCGUGCGGCUGGUGGCCGCCCUGCUGGCCCGGGCCAAGGCCGCCCGUCUGGCCGCCCGUGAGCGUGAGGAGGAGCGUCGCCGGAGCCGGGCGCAGGCGGAGCGGCGUCGGGUGCAGGAGGCCGAGCUGCGCCGCGUGGAGGAGGAGAAGCGCCGGGCGCUGGGCCUGCAGAGGAAGGAGCGGGCGCUGCGGGAGCGGCUGCUGGGCCUGCUGCUGGCCCAGGGCCCGGCCCCGGCCUCCACCCCGGCCUCCACCACCAUCCCAGCCUCCACCAUCCCAGCCUCCACCACCACCCCGGCCUCCACCACCACCACCCCGGCCUCCACCACCAUCCCGGCCUCCACCACCAUCCCAGCCUCCACCAUCCCAGCCUCCACCAGCACCCCGGCCUCCGAGGACGCCCUGCUGCGCCUGCUGCGCUCCGUGCAGGCCCUGGCCUCCCCGUCGGACGCCGGCCGGGCCGUGGCCAGCAGGCCGCACGCAGACCCCCGGGAGGCGGACGCGAGGGCCGGCGCCCCGGCAGCCACCACCACCGCCACCACGAUGACCACCACGACCCCCCCGGCCGCCGUGCCGGCCUCCACCCCCGACCCCGGGCCCCGGCCUGGCCCGCUGGCCACGUCCAGCGCCACGCGCCCCCGGGGCCCCGAGGCGGGGGGCGGACGACGGGGCCGUCGCCGCCGGCCGGGGCCCGACGGGCAGCGGGGAGGCGGCCAGCGGCGGCCGGGGGGGGGCCGGGCCGCCCGCUCCCGCUCCCGCUCGCCCGCACGCCGCCGCCGCAGCGCCUGGACCAGGUAG